AGAUGUAAGAGCUGAAGCUUAUGCCUUAGUUCUAUCAGCAAAAAAUACUAAUGCUGGCUCAUCAUAUCUUACUCAUCUUUAUGAAUUUAUAUUAGAAUCAGUCAAAGAAAGAUUAGAUAUGUACAAUAUUAAAACUUUACCUGAUUAUCAGGCUCUUGCUGAUGUUAUAGUGAUGCUUUGUAUUCAUCUUGCUGAACUUAAAACUUUAUAUAUUACAGAUACUGGACAUGCUAUAUCAUCUGGACGAAUAGGUGAUCCAAAAGCAGUUUAUAGUACAGUAGCAUAUGAGGCUAAGAAUAUAGCUCACACUUAUACAAUUGCUGGAGAAUGUCUACGUCAUUCAUCUAAUAAUCAUACUUCUCCUAUGCAAAAUUACAUU